CAUUAGCAAGACGACAACGCGAUCGGCCGCCGGCAAUUCGGAGCGAUAGCGUGCACGCGCUGCUCACCCCAUCACAUGACAGCAACGACUUUCGGGAUCAUCGCCAUGGCCAUGGCCUUAAAUAACCCUUAAACUUACUGCAGAGAAUCCGGCCGGGCGUGGCUUGAUCUGGAUUGGAGCCAGGGGCAUUCGCCGCCUGCGGAAGCCACGAAGACGGAGAUGGAUGCGAGCGAGGAGACAAGGGAUUGGGCGGAGUUGCCGAGGGACGCCCUACUGGCCGUGUUCCAUAGUCUGCAGCAUGCGGACGUACUCAUGAGGGCCGGGCAGGUGUGCCGGCCCUGGCGCCGCGCGGCGCGGGAGGAGCCCGAGCUGUGGCGCCGCAUCGACCUGCGCCGCCGCGCUGCGCUCUCCACGUCCAUCCUCUACCAUCUCGACGUGAUGGCGCGCACUGCAGUGACGUGUAGCGCAGGCCAGUGCGAGGCCUUCUGGGCCGAGGACUUCGUCGACGACACCUUCAUCUUCUUCCUCAGUCACCGGGCUACCGGGCUGAGGAGCCUCCGCCUCAUAUCCUGCAACAUCUCGAAGCAGGCGGCCCUCAACGAAGCAAUAACGCGGUUCUCCAUGCUUGAGGAGCUAGAGCUGUCACUCUGCUCAGGCGCCACCACCGCCUCCGGGCACUACAACCUCGCCGACACCUGCACGGCCGCAGCCAAGGCCUGCCGGAACCUGAAGUGCCUCCGGCUGAACAAAUACCGGUUCCACCGGCGGUCAGGCUACGACGGCGACAGCGAAGCCAUGGAGAUCGCCAAGAUGCGCGGCCUCCGGUGCCUGCAACUCUUCGGCAACAGCCUCGGCAACGCCGGCCUCGCGGCUAUCCUCGCAGGCUGCGCGCAUCUGGAGUCCCUCGACAUCCGCCACUGUUUCAACGUUGAGGUGAAUGAUGAGACGCGCGUCAUGUGUGCUAGGCUGCAGACGCUGAAGCUACCAGACGACUCCAUGGACGGCUACGACCUCAGCUUUGGCAACCCUGAGAUGAACGCAGGGAUCCCUGGUUUGGAUUUUCCCCACAAUGCUGAAAUGAACUUCGGUUUUCGUGGAGAUAUACUCUGGGAUUCAUGGUAGUUCAGCUGAUUUUUGUGUUGGAACUUGGAAUAAUGCUUGAGGUAGGUGACAAUCUGUGCUUUCAUAUAUAUGACAAUUGACAAGUUGAAAAGUUGCCUGGCUGUGUUUUACUAUCAAUGUUGUACUUGUACAUAGCAUGAAUAUUAUUAGAAAAAAAUACUGUGUAUGAUAAGUUCUACUGCAUUAUUGGAGUUCUAAAGUUUUCCAA